AUGCACCGCCCCCCAGCGGCUGAAGGAAAUGAUCUAGAACGUCUCCUGGGUUUGCCGUCUAAUGGCGGACCCGCGUCAUCCGCUCCACCACCGAAUAUGCCUAUCUGGCCAGAUGAGCAGUCGGCAGCGUUCUGUGCCGUAACUCCCCCCAUCGAAACGUUCAUGGAUGUACCAGAUGAGAUACGGCGUGAACAGUUCUUCACGACUGCCAGACGCGAUGACAUGCUCGUUGGCGUGGUUACUGUCAUACAGGAUUCUGGACUGGUGAUCACGAUUUUGGCUUAUGAUCAAGGACCACGUCGAGAUUUCGAUGGUCUGAAGUUAACGAGAUUAUUGUACUGUGAUUUGUUUGGUACACAGUCCGAGUCCCGACGUAUGUGA